UACUCGUCAUUCGUAUCUUACAUUUGUUGCAACCAAUGUGUAUUAUCUGUAACUAUUGUGAAACACUAAGUUUAUACACUUCGUGUCUAAAUGUUGUUAUUGAAAAGGAAUAUUCUACUUCAAUAUUAUUCUAGACGAAUGUCUUCGAUCAAUUUUAAUUGUUUUUCUACUUUUGUAUUCAUUAGUUUUCAAUUUGUAAUUCAAAUUGUCGCUCCUUUUCCCGCGUGGUAAUCAGCUAGUGAUUUUUUUUUUCACUUGCUAUCGAUAAGUUGGAUUAACGAGAACGAUAGUACUAUCGAUAGUAAAUUGAUGCAAAGCAUGUAAACAAGUAGGGGGAUGUAUUUAAAAUCGUCUGAGAAAAUAAGUUUUUUCUUGUAAUAAAUAAAAUAUUUAAUCAUUUGUAACAGUUAACCUGACUUAACCUAAAUCUUGGCAUUCUAACAAGAUAUCUAACAGAAUUGUUUAUAAAUAUAAAAAAAAUGGCAUCGCAUAGGGAAAGGCGUGCAAAUGCCGGUAAUAAAAUGGCAAAACUCUUGAAUGAAGAAGAAGAGGAUGAUUUCUAUAAAACAACAUAUGGUGGAUUUGAUGAAGUUGAACAGGAUCAUGAUUACAUGGAAGAGGAUGAAGCGGAAGACGAAGUAGAUUCAGAUUUUAGCAUAGAUGAAAAUGAUGAACCCAUUUCUGAUACCGAACAAGAAGGACCCAAGAAGAAGCGCAGAUUACUAGUAACAAAAGCUUAUAAAGAGCCCAAAGUUCAGUCCCAAUUAGCAUCUAAAGAGAAAAAAGUUAGACAGCCGAGACAAAAAAUUUUUAUGGAAAGUAUAGAAAGGAAAUCUAUACGUCGCUCUACCGCCGCAAAAUCAGCUGCAACGCAGAGGAGAUUGAAAGAAAGAAACGAGGAUCAAAAGAGGAAAACAAGAACUAAAAGAUAUGAUACGUAUAAACCAACUCAGGAAGAAUUAUUGGAGGAAGCACUAGAAACUGAACAAAUUAAUGUGAAGUCAUUAGAAAAGUAUCAAAAAUUAGAAAAUGAAAAGAAAAACACUAGGACAGUGAGAAAAGCGCAAACUGGACCUAUGAUUAGGUAUCAGUCGUUAGCAAUGCCUGUUAUGGUACUCUCAGAAGUGAAUCUUAAUAAAGAAGAAGAUAAAAUUAAUAUAGAUGGAGACGAUGAAAAGAGUACAAGUGAAAAUGUUGAAAACGAAGAUACAGAUGAAGCGACACAAGAAAGUGAUGUGAAACCAGAAAACGAAGUUAAAGAAGUUCCAAAAAAAGAUUCCUCGACAAAAAGUAAAUGUCGUUACGAGCAGACAAAAGGAUAUUACGAACGAACAUUUAUUACUUUUGAAAAUGAACAGCUGUUUUCGGCAGCUUUUAAGAAACCUACGGUUCAGAGACCACCGACGAAAGCUUUAUGUGCGAUAACAAGACUUCCAGCAAAAUAUCUGGAUCCCAUGACUCAGCUACCCUACAAAAAUGUUCAAACAUUCCGGUUAUUACGCGAAGCGUAUUAUCAACAAUUAGAAGCUAGGACGGAUAUUAAUGAUACAUCUCAAAGUCCAGAAUUGUUAAGAUGGCUUGAGUGGAGACAGAAAAGUUGUGGUGGUGGUCAGAGGAAUACAGUACGCCUUGAGCCGGCAUCCGCAGCUAUGCCUUCAUAGUUCCUUGUUUUAACCACGAUAUAAAAUAAUAUUUAUCUGUAUGCUUUCGUAAUUAUUGAAAUUCGUGGUUUUAAACUUCUAUAUUUCAUUAUUAAAGUGUCUUCAAAAUAGCACUAAGUGUGCAGGAAGUUGUAUGUUCAUAAUGUAAAUAACUUUAUAAAUAGUUCAAACAAUUUUAUAACAGCGAAAGCAUAAUGUAAAGAACGAAGUUUGUAAAACUUGUAAAUAAUUGUACAGUUUAUUAGUA